AUGCCCAAAACAGGAAAAAAAAUUUGUGGGUUGUGCGGAAGAAAAGUUAUCUUCGGGAAAUCAAGUGCUACGAAAUUCCGUAUUACCGAAAAACUGCAACAGUUGAUAAAACAAUUUGCAAACAAAAGUUUUGAUAUGUUUGAUCCUCGAUUCCCAUCAAGUUUAUGUGGUACAUGUCGUAUUACUCUUUGCGAACAUGAAAAGGGCAAUUUUAAACGACAGUUGCCAAAGAUGCUAAAUUUUCACGACAUACGACUACCAAAAUCGACGAGAACAAGAAACGACGAAUGCAACUGUUACAUCUGUUUGACUGGACGCUUCAUAGGGCAUGAGGAAGUCGAAAAAGGACGGGGACAUACCAAAAACAUAGAAAGAACAAUUAUUGACGAAAGCAAUGGUCUUUUCGGAUCGUCAAGCCAACAACAACUCCCAGUACUGACAUCAAUUCGGAAUCAGAAAGCUAAUGAGAAAUGCUCCAAGCUUUGUAUUUGCACGUUCUGUUUUCAUGAAAUUGGUAAAGGCAAGAGACACUCAUGUACGCUAAAUGAUGCUCGAAUAAAUGUAAUGGGAGUUAUUGAACGGCUACCAGAAAAACAACAACAGCAGGUAGUUACUGGUACCCUUAAAAAAUUUAGUGAUAAUAAACCAGGACAUAAUUAUCAAAAUGUAAGCCUAAAAUUAGCCACUGGAGGUUCAACAACGAGGGUUGUUUUAAAUCCAAAGGCUAGUAAGAACGUCCUAUUUUCCUCGGAACAUCUAGAUAAUUACCAAGUGAAUUCUGGGGCCUCAUCGCACCAAAUGAAAAAGUUCACAAACUUUUUAAGAUGCCAGGCCGGGAAAAACUCUGUACCCCCUCACUACAGCCAACACCUUAGCGAAAUGUCAAAAAGCUUGACACUCUUUUAUAAGACCAGUAUAAAAGAAUUCGAUAUGGAGGGGCUACUAGCGGCAGUUUUGGAGAAAAGGGAGCAAAUAGGCGUUCCAACGGUUAAAGUAAUGGCGGACGGAGGUCAAGGUUUUUUUAAAAUAUGUAUAACUAUUCUCCCAGAGAACUAUUCACCCGAUUUGGACAGAGGCUUAGAAAAUACUGAAUUAAUUCAAGAGGACGGGGAAGGAAAUGAUCAAGGGGAAAUCAAAAGUCAAAGAAGUCUCUAUGUUAAUGGAGGGUCCAUCGGAAAGAAAGGAAAAUUGACAAGUGUAAAUCGACUUAUAAUGCUUUGCAUUGUACCUCAAGUAAAAGAAACUUAUGAAAAUGUUCAGUUAAUGUUCAGAUUAACAAAUCUUAAUGCAAUCUCUUUUAAAUUUGUCUCCGAUUUUAAACUAAUACUCUUAAUCAAUGGCCAGCAAACGGCUACCGCUACUUAUCCGUGCCCAUAUUGUUUCAUUACCUUAAACGAUUUGCGCUAUGAUAUGACAGUCAAAGAGACAUAUGGAGAUUUAAAAAGAAGUUACGCUAAAUUUUGUUUUGAAGGGAAAAACAAAAAGCUUGCGAAGGAAUGUCACAGCACGAUAAACCUUCCCCUUUUUGAAGAAGCUGAUGAUAUGUAUGUCAUCGAAAAGUGUAUCAUACCAGAACUCCACCUACUCCAAGGAUUCGUGAAUCAUUUAUUUUGGGAUGGCCUUGUGCCUCUACUUGGACGUGAUAGAGCCUUGCUGUGGCCUAAAAAACUAAGCUUAAUCGCGAAAAAUUAUCACGGUGAUAUCUUCGAAGGGAAUGCCUGUAGAAAACUUUUGAAGAAAAGCGACAUACUUACUGAUCCAGAAAUUAUUAAGAAUGUAGGAGUACUAAGCGUGAUUCCUUUUAUAUCUUCAUUUAAAAUCAUGAACAAAAUUGUUGAAAAAUGUUUCAUGACUGGGAAGGUUGCUUCAGGGUAUGAUUAUGAAGCAGAUAUAAAUAUGUUAGCGAAGUGUUUCAAAGCAACAGGCGUAUCUGAAACUCUAAAAAUUCAUGUGAUCAUCCAUCACCUUCAAGACUCAAUAAAUUUUCUGAAAAAUAAUGGACUAGGUCUUUGGUCAGAACAGGCUGGUGAAUCUGUUCACAGAAAUUUCCUUAUAUACUGGAAUAGAUAUAAAAUAAACCGUUUAGACGAUCCUAGAUACAUAGUUAAUUUAAAAAAAGCUGUAGUUGAAUUUUCAUCACAUCAUUUGUAA